GAAGGUCAGUUCAGCCAGCAACUGCGUCUCCCCAAGUCUCCAUCUUUUCUUGUCGUACAUAAACGACUCCACCUGGUUUCCAUUCGAUCCCAACUUCUUUCCAUCAUUGUCCACUCACAAUGGAGCUGUUUGAAUGGGCUCUUCUGAUCUGCAGCCUAUGGUUUGCCUUCCACCUCUCUCUCACGAUCUACAAUGUCUUCUUCCAUCCUCUUCGCAACUACAGCUGGACGCAACAUCUCAACUCGUCUAGAUCUACCACAUGGUCAAAGGCGAUAGCUGCAAGUAUAUCGCCAGUCUCCACGAGAAAUACGGCGAGGUUGUUCGAGUAAGUCCCAACGAGCUAUCAUACAUUACCACAACGGCAAGCAAAACCAUCUUUGGGAAUAAAACCACGGAAGACAUGGCGUUUGAGAAGAAUCCCGCCCACUCGAGAGCAUCCCCGACCCGACUCAUGGCGCCCGCCUUCUCCGAACAGGCAAUCAAGAAACAGGGGCCCAUUAUCCAGGAAUACACCAGUAUCAUGAUCGAUGCCCUACGACAUAACCGGUCGGGUACCGCUUUCUAUCCUUCUCCGGAUGGCAUCGUCAACAUAGGCGCCUGGACCAACUUCAUCAUCUCCGAUAUCCUCAGUUCCCUUUCAUUUGGAAAGCCCGUCGGCUGCCUCACCUGUGGGGUGGGGACUACCACCCUUGGGCAUAUGUGA